UGCCCACAGAUCUACUAUCAAAAAAUAGUUAACGUUUCUAGUUUGAACUAAUAUUUUUAUAUAUUACUGAAGUAAGAGAUAACCAGUAUGUCGGGAAGCGGUAACAGUGACGAAGACUUGGAUUUAUCUACUUUGGGUAUGCCAAACAAAUCGGACCCCAUAUAUUCAAUCAAACCUGAUUUCAUAACGCAAUGGCGUCUAAAGAAAGAGCGUGAGAACUUAUGUAAAUCAAUUUUCAACCGUUUGGUGGACUAUAGUGAAUGUAAACGAUUACUAGAAGCAGCACAACUCUACCGACCAUUCAUAGGUGAUAAUGGCGAACUGAAUUUAUGGAAUGCAGAUGACUUGGAUACGCUUCGAACAUAUGCAAAUGGUAGCACAAAUGGCACUAGUUAUGAAUUUGGAUCCACAACUACUGAGGGUCCAGCUUUGGUGCUGCCGCCAUUUGAACUAUGGCAAACUAUUUUAAUAGCCUUGUGCCUGGCUAUUUGCAUUAUUUUGACUGUUGGUGGUAAUAUACUUGUGCUAUUGGCUUUCAUAGUUGACCGAAAUAUAAGACAACCUAGUAAUUAUUUCAUUGCUUCAUUAGCCGCCACAGAUAUGUUAAUUGGCACUGUGUCAAUGCCCUUCUACACUGUGUAUGUACUCAUGGGAUAUUGGGAUUUGGGUCCGUUACUCUGCGAUCUUUGGCUUUCUGUGGAUUACACGGUGUGCCUGGUGUCCCAGUACACAGUGUUACUGAUCACUAUCGAUCGUUAUUGUUCCGUUAAAAUUGCUGCCAAGUACCGCAGUUGGCGAACGAAAAAACGCGUCAUAUACAUGGUCACAAUCACUUGGAUCAUACCAGCGCUGCUAUUCUUCAUUUCCAUCUUCGGUUGGGAGCAUUUCACUGGAAAACGUGAUUUACUACCCGGACAAUGUGCGGUACAAUUUCUCAAGGAUCCUGUCUUCAAUACUGCUCUCAUAAUAGGCUACUAUUGGACUACUUUGAUUGUGCUGUUUGUGCUCUAUGGUGGUAUCUAUAAAACUGCGUAUGAAAUGCAGAAGCGCAGUGAAGCAAAGCAACGUAAAAUGCAAUCGAUGGUUGCGCUCAGUGCGGGUGCUAUGUCAGGUAUGGCCGGGCAUGCUGCAGGCAUUGGUGCUAUAGAAGAAAAAAUACUAAAAACUAAAGUAGAUAUUGGCGAUAUUACAGAUGCUGCUAACGACGCUAGCGCGUUUACAGGUACCAGCUCGAACACCAACAAUAAGCGGAUGAGUGGUUCUGGACAAGCAAAUCCAUUAGCGCAGGCGGAUAUCAUCAAUGGUGUUUUGGCGGAUGUGAUAAAUGAACAACGUCGCAUUUCAGAUGCUGCGGAUGCGACUAAAAAUGGUAAGCGUGACGGUGCUGAAUUUGAAAAGAGCGAACGUUCGAGUAGUCCGGCAUUUGACUCAGAUGAGGAGAGUUCCGUGAACCAAACACAACAACUUAUGAAUCAACAGAAACUGGCCAAUUUGCGUAAGCGUUCAUCAAUAGGUCUGGUAUUUGGUGCACAAGCUGCACUUAUAGCCACACGUAGUAAAGGUAACUUAACUCAAUGCACCACAACCUCCAAAUCCAGUGAAGCGAUGGCAAGCGCUGGUGCCAUUUCCCCCAAUCCAAGCAAUAUGCUUAUGCGUACACAAAGCAAAGAAGAGGUUGGCCAUCACACACCAGUUGAGCGACCAAAACGUACAUCCUGUACAACCCUCUCCCAAAUCUCCGAAACCGAUAAUGUACAUGACAACGUUACCGCAGCACCAACUGCACAUAAGAAAAAAAAGUCCAAAGCUAAACAACGCACUGAGACCCCUCUCUCACCGGUCGAUAUAGCACCAAUCGAAGUGCCACAAAAUCAAGUGCAGCAAUGCUUGGUACAAGCCAUAUUACCCCCACCAGAGCAAUUUCAAUGUCCUUCACCUUUUUCCGAGUAUUCCGAUCGCCCCUUUGGUAACAGCAGCAACAGUGAACUGCACAUGACCUAUGAACAGAUAAUAAAUACAUCUGAUUUAAGGUAUAUGGAUGAAAGUUCUGCCAUGUUAGCUUCACCCACCACCAAUGGCAGCUUAAGUUUCUCACUAAAUAACCCAGUUUCGAGUAUAAAAUCAACAACACAAUCGCAUCCAACGGGCACAACUCCUCCAAAAGUUAACUCCCGAACAAAACAGAAUGCCGGCAGUCCUACGUUUUUGCAAAAUGCACUGCAAUUAGCAGCGCAGCAGCAUAAACAACAAGAGCAAGUACAAUCUCAGCAAAAAAUCCAAACAACUCCGAAAAACACCUCUCCCACCUCAGCUGAAGUCUUACCCAUUACCAACAUACCACCUACAGGCAUUAAUCAAAAUGAUAUUGAAAUUGAAAAACAUUUACUUAUUUCCUAUACAGGCAUGGAAGACUUCGCCAAAGUGAGAAGAGAGAGCUGUGUCGAAGCUAUGUGUCUGCUAGAAGUACCCGCCGAAACAAAAAUGAUUGUGGAAACAGCGCUAGCUACCGGCAUAAGACGUAGUUCUAGUCCUUUAGAAACCGGAAAUAAUCGCGAUACGCCCACCACAGCGGCAACACCAACAGUUGUGACGGUCAUAACAAAUGGUUUGGAUAAAAUCGAAGAACGUGAAACAUCCGACAUAAACAAUAAGAUAGCAUCAACUUCGGGCACUACUAGCUCUGGGUCCACUGGCCUACACAGUGGUGUGACAACAGGUGCUACCAGCACGAACGUAGCGGCAACGACCGCUGGCAAACAGGCGAGUAUAAAAUCGCAGCAAACCCACACAACCACCAGCCGGAACUCUAGCAAAAGAGAUUUUAUGUACUCCAUUGGUAAGCAUUUCAAAAGCAAAAGCAAGAAAGCCAUACCGCUGGUAAUCGGUGGCGGUAGACAAAAAUCAAAAUCUGAGAAUCGCGCACGCAAAGCGUUCCGCACGAUCUCUUUCAUUUUAGGUUGCUUUGUGGCCUGCUGGACGCCGUACCAUGUGCUAGCGUUGGUGGAGGGCUUCUGCCGAAAUCCUCCGUGCACCAACGAGCAUUUAUACAUGUUCUCCUACUUUCUCUGCUAUGCCAACAGCCCCAUGAAUCCCUUCUGCUAUGCGCUCGCAAAUCAACAAUUCAAGAAGACCUUCACGCGCAUACUUAAAGGCGAUUUGCAUAUGACUUAAGCAAGCCCAGCUUAGCAGUGUGGCGGAACUCACCAAAGCCUUUUGGAAAUGUGUUUCAACUUAUGUUCAACUUAUGAAACAUGGUAUGUGUUAAGCCGCAUGAGCCCCAGGCAAUACAUAUCAGAAAUUAUUAUUUCUUUUUGAAAAAAAAAAAAAAAAAAUAAAUAAAAAUUUAACUAAAAGGCGCCGGUGAACUCCGCUGCGAAGCACCUAAAAGACUACUCAGAGAAAUAAAAGUCAAUUGCGAAGCGCUCACAAUUUUACAAAAGACACAAAAUCAUAAC